AUGUCCUUGAGACUGUUAUCGCCACCAUGUUCCACUUGCUUUUCAAAAACCCAGCUAAAAAAAUUGUCUUUCUUGAACGCAAAUUCAAGUUCUCUGUGUUUUCAAUGGCCAUCGGAGGGUAACAGUGUGUUUUCACGAAGGAGAGUUAGAACAAAGGCGUGUGUUAAAUUGGAGGAAAAGAAUGUCCCAGAAACUCGCAGCGAGUGGGGGAAGGUUUCGGCAGUGUUAUUCGACAUGGAUGGAGUGCUGUGCAACAGUGAGGAGCUUUCUAGAAUGGCCGCCGUUGAUGUGUUUGCUGAAAUGGGAGUACAAGUAACAGUUGAAGACUUUGUGCCUUUCAUGGGCACAGGAGAAGCCAAAUUUUUAGGAGGGGUUGCUUCUGUAAAGGGUGUUAAGGAAUUCAAUCCCGAGGUGGCAAAGAAGAGAUUUUUUGAGAUAUACUUGGAUAAGUAUGCGAAACCAAAUUCUGGCAUAGGUUUCCCUGGUGCUUUGGAACUUGUAACACAGUGUAAAAGCAAUGGCCUCAAAGUUGCUGUUGCAUCCAGUGCUGAUCGCAUCAAGGUUGAUGCAAAUUUAGUAGCUGCUGGUUUGCCUUUAUCAAUGUUUGACGCAAUUGUGUCUGCGGAUGCAUUCGAAAACUUGAAACCUGCUCCUGAUAUAUUUUUAGCCGCUUCAAUGAAUCUGAAUGUUCCCCCUAGCGAGUGUAUUGUGAUUGAAGAUGCAUUAGCUGGAGUAGAAGCUGCCAAAUCAGCAAACAUGAGAUGUAUAGCUGUAACAACAACAUUAUCGGAAGAUACUUUGAAGGCAGCUGGUCCAUCACUUAUCAGAAAGGAGAUAGGCAAAGUAUCACUAGAUGAUAUCAUCAAUGGUGGCUCCAGUUGGCAUAAUGCAAAGAUGCAGUUAUCACAAUCUAUCGGUGAUUCUGCACAAGGUUCCCUGUAUUCGAACAGUAGAGACAUAAGUUCAUUGCAGGAUAAUUCUCCAGGAGCUUUAGGCUUCUCCUUUGGAGGGUUGCAAGGUUCUCGGCGUGAUAUUUUGAGAUAUGGAAGUUUGGGAAUUGCUAUCUCCUGUCUUUUUUUCACUGUAGCAAACUGGAAGGCAAUGCAAUAUACAUCUUCCAAGGCUAUCUGGAAUUUGUUGUUUGGCGUCAGAAGCCCUCCGUUUGGAUUGGAUAAAGAAGAUUCUUAUUCCAUUAGAAUUCAACAAUUCACAAACUACAUAGCUGAUCUAGAGAAAAGGGGGGAUGCAACAAUUGUACCAGAGUUUCCUUCUAAACUUGACUGGUUGAAUACAGCUCCCCUUCAGUUACGCCGGGAUUUGAAAGGAAAGGUGGUUCUUCUCGACUUCUGGACCUACUGCUGCAUAAAUUGUAUGCAUGUAUUGCCAGACCUAGAGUUUUUGGAGAAAAAAUAUAAAGAUAUGCCAUUUGUUGUCAUAGGGGUGCAUUCCGCGAAGUUUGACAAUGAAAAAGACUUGGAAGCCAUUCGCAAUGCAGUACUACGAUAUGGCAUCUCUCAUCCGGUCGUCAAUGAUGGUGAUAUGUAUUUAUGGCGAGAGUUGGGUAUAAAUUCAUGGCCUACAUUUGCCAUUGUUGGGCCAAAUGGAAAGCUGAUUGCACAAAUAUCAGGGGAAGGUCGCCGAAAGGAUCUUGACAAUUUGAUCGAAGCAGCUCUUCUCUUCUAUGGUAGAAAUAAACUAUUGGAUAGCAGACCUAUUCCCUUGCGGCUGGAGAAAGAGAAUGAUCUUCGUUUGCUGACAUCCCCUUUGAAAUUUCCUGGUAAGCUGGAGGUCGACAUCCUCAACAACCGACUGUUCAUUUCAGAUAGCAACCAUAACCGAAUAGUUGUCACUGACCUUGAUGGGAACUUUAUAAUGCAAAUUGGGAGCACUGGAGAAGAAGGUUUUCGUGAUGGUAGUUUUGAUGAUGCCAUGUUCAGUCGGCCACAGGGUCUUGCUUACAAUACGAAAAAAAAUCUCCUGUAUGUAGCAGACACUGAGAACCAUGCUCUGAGGGUGAUUGAUUUUGUCAACGAGAUGGUGCAAACACUUGCUGGAAAUGGAACCAAAGGUUCUGACUACAAAGGUGGCGGAUCAGGAUCCACACAGCUCCUCAAUUCUCCCUGGGAUCUUUGCUUUGAUCCUGUGAAUGAAGUUGUUUACCUGGCCAUGGCUGGCCAGCAUCAGAUCUGGGAACAUAAUACUUUAGAUGGUAUUACAAGAGCUUUUAGUGGUGAUGGUUAUGAAAGAAAUUUGAAUGGUUCGAGUUCCGGAAGCACUUCAUUUGCACAACCUUCUGGGAUUUCAUUAUCUCCUGAUUUAAAGGAUGCAUAUAUUGCUGAUAGUGAGAGUAGUUCCAUUCGAGCACUUGAUCUAAAAACAGGGGGAUCAAGAUUACUUGCUGGGGGUGAUCCAGUUUUCUCAGACAAUUUGUUUAGGUUUGGAGACCAUGAUGGAGUAGGCUCUGAAGUUCUUCUUCAACAUCCAUUAGGUGUCUUUUGUGGGAAGGAUGGUCAAAUUUAUCUAGCAGAUUCUUACAAUCACAAGAUUAAGAAGCUGGAUCCAGCUAGUAGAAGAGUGAGUACCUUAGCAGGCACCGGAAAAGCUGGGUUCAAGGAUGGAACAGCCCAAGCAGCUCAGCUUUCAGAGCCUUCAGGAAUUGUCGAAGCCCAAAAUGGUAGAUUAUUUAUAGCCGAUACGAACAACAGCUUAAUCAGGUAUUUAGACCUGAGCAAGGUAGAACCUGUACUUCUUACUUUGGAGUUGAAAGGAGUCCAGGCUCCAGCACCAAAAUCCAAAUCGUUGAGGCGCCUUAGAAGGAGAUCUACAGCUGACACGGAGACUGUCAAAGUUAAUGGUGUUUCAUCCAAUGAGGGCAAAUUAUGUCUUAAGAUAUCAGUGCCAGAGGGUUACCACUUCUCGAAGGAAGCACGCAGUAAAUUCAGUGUAGAAGUUGAGCCAGAAAAUUCAGCUGUUCUUAAUCCGGUGGACGGGAACAUCAGCCCUGAAGGAUCUGCAGUUGUACAAUUCAAAAGAUCCUCCCCAUCAUCUUCGAUGAGUAGAAUUUAUUGCAAGGUAUACUACUGCAAGGAAGAUGAAGUUUGUUUAUACCAAUCUUUGACCUUCGAAGUACCUUUUCAAGAGGUUAUUCCAGAUGCUGCCCCUGUUGAGAUAACGCUUCCAUAUGUCGUGAAACCUAAAACUUCCACGGACAGCUUAACUGCUAUGGCCACCCGUUGA